AUGGUGUAUUCUUGGGACGACAAAGAGGCAGUAUGCUAUCAACUCUAUGUUGAGGAGCGGAGGAGUCUGGAAGAGGUCAUGUCGUACUUUGAGAUACGAGGGUUCACUCCAAGCAAGCGUGCCUUCCAGACGCAAUUCAAGCGAUGGGACUUCCCCUCGAAGCAGAAUCCGGCGCACAAGAACACCGCCCUAGUCGCGCGACUCCAGCAACUAUGGGAGCAGAACUAUACGCAGAAGGAUAUGGUGGACACGCUACAGGCUGAAGGCUUUCAGAUCAACGACCGCGAACUGUUGCGCUUACGCCUGAGGCUUAAGCUCCUACUCCGAGAGAGCGUUUCCAGAUCGAAGAAGACAAAGGCUGAUGAAGGGAGGAUACAAAAGAAGCCGAAGAAGAAGCGUACCAAGGUUGUGCCAGGGCGGGGUCUAAUCAACCAGCUUGGAAACGCGAUAUUGGCAGAGGAAUCUACGAGCGAUGAUGAUGGAAGCGAAGAAGAGCCCGCGACUGCUCAGGAAGAAGGAGAGGAGGGUGGGGCACCUAUGGAAGAAGCGCGACCUAUACUCCCCGAACCCGACAUCACAGGCUUGAGCGAGGAGGAAGUGCUACGCAAGCAACUGCGCCAACAGCAACUUCAGACCGAAAGCGACGAGAAAUGGCGGACACGCAAGCGAAGACGUCGAACACGCGGUUGGGCCGGAUUGCCAGCAGACGCCCCCGGCGAACCUCCACGAUUCCCAUCCGAAACCACCAUCGACGAAGCCAAAGCAUACCUCGGUCUGGACAAUGAUAUGUACCGCCAAGUUCGAGAGAGCUUUCUCCAGAUCUGCAAGGAGCAGCAAGUUACAAAGAAGACUAUUGCCGGUCCGGAGAAGUGGGCGCAGAUUGUACAACAACUCGUUCGAGACGACACGCACUUGGCUCAAGUCUUUCAACAAGAGCCAGAGGUGCUGCAGAACGUCGACGCGCUCUUCCGUCCGAAAGGCCAGAGAGCGCUGUCACUUGAUGUUAUCUGUAUGGACGUUACGAAACGCUUACGAACGAUGGAUACGCGCAUGACGCUCGCCGAUGCAAAGAACCUUCUUGGUCUCAAUCCUGAACAGACACGACACGUCCGAAGCGCUUUUGCCGGAAAGUUGAAAGCAGCUCAGUUUUCCAAUAAGCAUGAAGCUGGCGAGGACCGCUGGACACAGUUGAAGCAAGUGUGGGUCAACGAGUCCGAUUACCUAGUGAGGGCGCUCGCAGAUGGGGAAGACGAUCCGGACUAUGCGCGGAAGUUACGAGCUCUCGAAGUGCUGGCCCGAGACGUGAUGAAGCGCCAACAGCAGGAAAAGACUGCCAAAGAUCCCAGUAAAAAGAAACAGGUCCAUCAAGGACCGGGCCCAGGACCUGCGCCGCCUGUCGUCGCUGCACAUCCGACGACCCCGGGAAAUAAGGGGAGGCAACACAGUAGUGCUGGUCGAACGGCAACGACGCAGACGACAUAUCCUGCUGCACCCUCUCUAUCCACAGCUUCAGACCUUCAGAUCGACCCAUCUCUUCUACUAGCCGCGAGCGACGCCGCAAUACUACCCGUCCCUUCGUAUCAGCCUCAACACCACUACCAGUCCAGCCACUACCAACCAGCAUCCCAGCACCAGCACCGCCAUCCCGACCCACACGCCCACUUUCAACAAGCCUACUACCCCGCCUCUCCAAAUAUCUCCAUGCCCCUUCCCGUCUACUUCCGCCUCCACGCCCACUCCUCAACUCCAUACCCUGCGCGAUCCGUCUGGCUCUCCAUCAUCCAAACACCCUCAGUCGAUGAACUACACAAUAUAGCGAUGCGCGAACACCCCGGUACCAUCGUGCAUAAGCUACAAGGGUUGGUUGUACAUAGAGGGGGUCGGGCGGAGAGUGAGGUGUUGGUUGAGGUCACGGAUGAUGAGGAGUUGGGUGCGUAUCUAGGGCUUGUUAGGAGGGGUGAGGAUGGGGCGGCUGCUCAGGGGAAGGCGACGUUUGUUGUACUGUUGGGGAUGGGUGGAGAGGGGGCAGGGGGGUUUGCGUAG